AUGUUUUUGCAUUGUCAUUUUGGGCCGUUCGCUGCUGCGGCUCACACUGCAUUUCUCUUUUUAUCGGCAGUGAUCAGUAUUCAUGUCAUUGGUGUUCCCGCUGCGAAUAUUCCAGCGGAUCUGAGCUGCCGAGGUGACAUGGAGCGAAAUACAGUCGCUGUCACUGGUUCUACUGCACUGGCUCCCGUUGCGAAGCGCUCGUCGAGAGCGGAACAUUUUGCCGACCGAGAUCGCGAUCAGAAUGAAAUUAUUGUCGACGGAUUACUGGAUAUCAUUACCAAUGAAGAGACUUGCUCGCUGAAUUCGACAUCGAUUUCCAUCGACCAUUCACGUGAUUCGGUAUUGGAUUUCUCACUUUGCUCAAAUCCGAUUGACGAAGCUGCAGUCAUGGAACAGCAGCUUGCUGCCACUGGUGAACUGAGCGACAACGACAACGAUGCUCAUCGCCGUGCACUGACCUACGAUUCGUCCAAGGACACUGGUGCUAGCGCCGCGGUUGCCUGGACAACGAGCAGCAGCAGCAGCAGCAGGCAAGCGCGAUGCGCCGCCCAGAGCAGCGGCAGCAGCAGCUCACGCUGUCCGUUCGGCGCACCGAUCGCCAGUCUGGAAGAUCUGAGCACCGGCGAUCGGAGUGGCAGCGAGGACGCAGCAGCCAGCAGUGGUCGCACCAUCACCGCACUCACUGGCACAUUCAGAGAAACUGGGAAGGCAGCAAAAAGUAGGGAACGGGAAAAGAAGAAAAUUGGCACUAUUCAAAGUGGUAAUGAUCAUGGCGAUAACGGGCACGGUUUUAAUGGUGAUGGUAGUGGUGAUAGUGCAAGCGAUUAUCAUCAGCGAGCAGGAGCACCAACAUCAACAACAAUAAAACGCUAUAUCAUAGGCUAG